CAAGAUAACAGUGAUAACGAUCCUUUCCACAGUGAAACUCUACACGUCGGUUUGAUUGUUAUAACGGUUUACUGAGAAUGUCUGAACCGCAGGCGAAGGUGGACAUGAGUGCCCUCAAAGACACAUUCCUGGAGUGUCCUGUGUGUGUUGAACAUUUCAACCAGACAGACCGACGUCCCCGUCUCCUCCACUCCUGCUUCCAUGCCUUCUGUACACAGUGUCUUCAACAGCUGCUCACGAAGGAGGGGAAAGGUCAGAUCACAUGUCCUCUAUGUCGCCAGGUCCACAAGGUCCCAGGGAAGGCUGACAUAUUGCCCGUGGAUCCGGUCAGAGCGAAACUUGUGGAUUUUGUGCAGAUCAAGAAUGAAAGAAAAGUUCCGUGCACAGACUGCCCCGAAGGAAGUACAGCGGAGUCAAAGUGUCAGGAGUGUUCAGUAUAUCUCUGUAAGGAUUGCACAUACGUACACAGACGUCAUCGACUUACAAACGACCAUCCAAUCAUAUCCUUGAGUGAUGUACUAGAACAGCCCCUGAACACGUUUGGCAAGGGUCAUUUCUGCACUCAUCACCCAAAACACCAGUUGGAGUUCUAUUGUGCUACUGAUGAAAUCCUCUGUUGUAUUUCUUGCACAGUUCUGGAACAUAAAGGCCAUGACUUCCAGAAACUCGAAAAAGCUGCUAAAAAAAUACAAGGGGAAUUGGAAACAUCGAUGCGGGCAGUCCAAGCAAAUGCCCAACAACUGCGUCAGAGGCGACUGUGUGAAGAAAAACGUCAACAUGCAAUCAUGCAGGCUCAGAGAAAGGCCAAAUCCGAUGUGAGCACAUACUGUACAAGUUUGACAAGUAUUAUCAAUAAAAGAAAAGCACAUUUGGACCAAGACAUAGACCAAAGAAGUAGCACAAUGCUGUCUCUGUCUAAGAAGAAAGUAGCAGCGAUAGACCAGACUCUUGCUGUCAUGGACUCAACUGAAACGUACUUCACACAAGCAAGAACCAAGGCUGACGUCGUGGAAAUGCUGCAGAUGUAUCCUGCAAUCAAGAGAAGUCUGGAAGCAUCAGCUGUUGGACAAAGACAAGGUCGACCAACGGCACCGGAAGUUGUGACAUUUAGUCCCACAAAUGGACACAUUGUGGAAACAUUAGUGUCAGAAAUUGGAUGCGUGAGAGAGUCUACUGACACCCAGAAAGGAAAGAAUCAACUUCUACAGUGUUUGGAUGAAGUAUUUGAUGCUGCUUUAAAAUUCAAAAGCAAGAAUGAACUGAUGAAACAUUUUCAAGAGAAAACCUUCACCACCGAACGAGAAUGGUGCACCAUCUGCCUGAAUCAGAUCGUAGAAGCAAAGAAGAUACAGUGUGGACACUGUUUCUGUAAGAGCUGCAUUGACCAGGUACUCAGUGUGCAAGACCAUUGUCCUGUGUGUAAAACCUGCUACAAAGUAAUAACUGGAAACAUGCCUCCCGGGGUGAUGGAGACACAUGCUAUCCCUGACCGUCUACCUGGCUAUGAGCAACACCACACCAUACAGAUAACAUACAGUUUUGAGAAUGGAAUUCAGUCUAAGGGGCAUCCCAGACCAGGAGUCAGGUAUAAUGGAGGAGAAUUCACCGCCUACCUGCCCAACAGUCCAGAAGGUCAGAAGGUGCUGGCUCUGCUGGAGGUGGCCUGGGAGAGGAAGCUCACGUUCACGAUCGAGGCGGGCCUUUGGAAUCCCACUUUGAUCAUUCGGAGUCCCACUUUGAUCUUUCGGAUUCCUCACAAAACGAAGAAGCAAUUUUCACCAAACAUCUACCAAAGGCUUUGGGCUUACCAGGCAGCUUCACGCGACUCGGAGGAAAACAGCAAUUUUUACCCUGAUCCAGACUACCUGAGAAGAGUCCAAGAAUCACUGAAGUCACUCGGAGUGACAGAAGCGGACCUGCAAUAACCAGACCAGAGAGAACAACCUUGACAACAGGCGUGCAGACACUCUCUGAAUAAGGCUCACCUUAACAAAGACGCGCAAGCCUCAUGGAACAGUUAUGUCGCAUGUUGUUGUCCAAGUCUUGACGGGAUUCUAGACCAGUGAGUGUGCGUGCGUGCGCGCAUGCUCCAUCACAAUUAUUAGCCUGAUAAAAGUCACAAUUCAUUAUUUUUGCUUCUUUAUUCAGAUGAUUGUAGAGCGGUGUAAUCAAGUGGCAAACAGAAAUUUCUAUUUUGCAAUGAUUGUAUGGUAUUAACUGGGCGUGAACUGAUCUAUUAAGCUUAUUUUCAUAGUUGUUUCCUUUCGAGAAAUAUACUCUAUCAUAUACUUCAGCGCGAAAGACGGAGUUUUACGAAGUUGAGAAAAAUUAUAUUUUCAUUGCAGUGAACAUAACACUCGAUAUUUCACUGCAGAAUAGUUUUUAGUUAGAGUUGAUUUUGUAUAUAAUUAUCUCUAUAUGUGUGAUAGAGAAUUUUCGUGACUCUAGAUCUAAAUAAUUGUGGUUACUUUGUUAAAAAAAAUUAAGAUUUUGCAAACACGAAACUAUUGUUUUAGUCGCAAAUACAAGGGUUGGAGAACCGUCCGUCUAUCGUGGGUAGAGAGAAUCUACGUUUCAAGAUUAUACAUUUGUAAUAAAAUAAUUUAAUUUUAACAACUACUCAAAAAGUAUAUAAUAAAUAGAAUAUUCCAUGAGUCUCGUGAAAUGUCUUGUUUCUCUCAUCUCGUGACGAGGGGAACGGAGAUAUUGUCGACGAGAGAAACAUGAUAUUUCAGUCGACACAUGAAAUAUACUCUAUCAAAAGAAACCUUCGGGUCUUUUCAUUGUACUUGUAUCAAUGUAUGUUUCAACUCAAGGAUUGGAAGCUUGCUUCCUCUAAUGUUUCCCAAUGGUUAACCACUGUGACCAACAGAGAGUUCCCCGCACAUCAGAUACAUGCAGAUUACUGCAGUUGAUUAUAGUCACUAGUUUCAACAAUAUUUAAACAUGCAGAGUGGGAAAUAUUAUUCUUUACACGAUUUAAGUUAUCAUCAAAUUUGUAUUUAUGAUGCACCAAAUCUUAUCAUUUGGUUUCUUACCGGGAGCAACUGUAGUUUAGAAGAGACGCUUGAAUUGUGUACAUUGUGAAAUACAUAUAUGUAGCAUUAGUUUAUCUUACUGAUAUUUUUUUUAUAUACGUUGUUAUUGAGUUUUGUUACCUUUUGUGUGGAUAUGUACUUGCUAUUUUCUUUCAUUUGCUACAUUAACAGCAACAAAGUUAACUACUCGUAGAAAUGAUAUGGACUUAACAUGCUUAAGAUGCUUGAGUCAGCGCAAUCAACACACGUUUUGCUGUUUACGUUAUUUAAUUGUAAUCAAACUACUUUAGCUUAAUUUCUCUAACACUUUAUGUUGUUUAGAUACGAAAUAUCAACUAUCAGUGGUCUUAUAUUUGCAGAAGGUGUCCAUGCCUUUGGGAUAACCUAUUUGAUGAUUUAAUUACCUAAUACACAAGACAAUGCUUGUUUAGUGUGAGAAGCUAUGUUCUCGCUCUGAAUAUGUUUGUAUGUAAGUCAGCACCAUACCCGUGGUCGCUGGUUUCACCAAAGUGAUUAUCAUUCAAGACCUGCAUCACUUCGUGCUCUUCUUCCACAUCAAGUUGACACGCCAUGAUAUCAUUGAAAUACGGCCGUUAGACUCAACUAACUCACUCACUUACAUAGACGCUCCUAUUCUAAAUUACAUGAUUUGUAUUCAUUCAGUGACAAAUAAUUGGAACAUCUGUCCUGUUUACCUUUUGUCUUUAGAAAUAACAAUACACUAAGUUUUGUCGAGUAUCUCUUCACAAAACCUUGCACGGGUAACAACCUUGUGUUGAGGCGCAUAUCUUUAUGAUAUCUAACAAGAAGUAGGUAAUUUUGUUUUAUUUUUCAUUUUCAUGAAAUGAUGUAGCACCUUGAAUCAAUUUCUGUUUCUGUCACUCAUCUCAUGCAUUGUUUAUUUUGAAAAUUGGUUGACUUUUAACUGACCAGUGACAAGAUUUUCUAUGAAAUUAUUUGUCAAAACUAUUCACUCUUAACAGUAUUGUUGCGACAUGCAUAUUUAUAUUUGGUUACAGUUGACCAUGGAGAUUUUAACUUGUGAAUAUUAAGAAGGGCAAUACUGAUGUACAGUAAUAUUAUAUUUACUUCUGAAAGCAGAAUAUUGCGUAGAUUCAAGGUAGUUGUAUUUUUAGGCUCAGAACCGUUUUGUAUGUCUUACAUUGGCACUGAUUUGUCAUUAACGGAUGACUUGUAUUCUGAAUAAAACUGCUACGUAUAUGCCUAUAUUUACAAUGA